UUGACUCGUGGCUGUAAUAGGAGGGGACAAUCCUGAGUCGAGCUCAUUUCUGCUCUCACGUUCUCCUUUAGAGAAACUGUCUGCUGGUUCCGAUGCAAGAAGUCAACCGUAACUCGGAGUGUGUUUCACAACCAGGAAAUACAUCCGUUCCUUUGCGCUGACGUGUCUGCAGACAUCAGUCACAUCCCGUCGCUGGACAGAGGGAAAUUUGCUCGGUGGCUGGAUUGACACUGUGAAACACACACACGCACACACGCACACACUCACACAAACCGCUGAGACGCACGGAGGGAAGAUGUUGUUAAAGGAGUACAGGAUAUGCAUGCCCCUCACGGUGGAGGAGUACCGGAUCGGACAGCUGUACAUGAUCAGUAAACAUAGCCAUGAGCAGAGUGAUCGAGGGGAGGGCGUAGAGGUGGUACAGAACGUACCGUUUGAAGACCCAACACACGGCCAAGGACAGUUCACAGAGAAACGAGUCUACCUCAACAGUAAAUUACCCAGCUGGGCUCGAGCAGUUGUUCCCAAAAUCUUCUAUGUGACAGAAAAAGCAUGGAAUUAUUACCCCUACACUAUAACAGAAUAUACUUGCUCAUUCCUGCCCAAGUUUUCAAUCCACAUAGAGACAAAGUAUGAGGACAAUAAAGGAUCCAAUGACAACAUCUUUAAUGCUGAGCUAAAGGAGCAGGAGAGGGAAGUGUGCUUUGUAGACAUCGCCUACGAUGAGAUCCCAGAGCGCUACUAUAAAGAGUCAGAGGACUUGCGAUAUUUCAAGUCGGAGAAGACGUUGCGGGGAAUGCUCCAGGACGGCUGGAGGGACAACCACGAUCCCAUCAUGUGCUCAUACAAACUGGUCACAGUCAAGUUUGAGGUGUGGGGUCUACAAACACGAGUGGAGCAAUUUCUGCACAAGGUGGUCCGUGAUGUCCUGCUUCUAGGACACAGACAAGCAUUUGCCUGGGUUGAUGAGUGGAUUGAUAUGACUUUGGAUGACGUCCGGGAUUAUGAGAAACAAAUGCAUGAGAAAACCAACAUUAAAGUUUGUCUUGGGCAGCAAGAACAUUCCACAACAAACUCAUCUUCAAUGGAUGACAUAGACAUCCAUGACAAAGCAAGUACAUGACAAUGGAUGAGGUGAGAGAGUUUGAGCGUACCAUCCAGGAGGCCACGAACCAGAAGAUUGGGUUGUUUCCCCCAUCAAUCACAAUCAAUGAGAAGCCUCUGUCCUCCUGUGCUAAAAAUGGCCCCGCUAGCGCCCCCUCCACUCCCAUGUGCACUGAUGCUCCCGAGUCCCUGUCUGUGCCCAAAGAUCGAACACGCAAAACAUCUGCUCCAGAAACCCUGACUCUUCCUGGCCCUAUACCCAGUGGCGUCCCCCAGGGCUCUUCUCUAGGCCCUCUACCAGUGUCUAACCACCUCCAAACAUCCAUUCCACCCUCCUCCACAUCUGACUCUGAAAAUAUGGAUGAACAAUCAAAGCAACCAGAUGUCUUAGCAGACAAGUAGGAGCAAAAUGACCUCGUCACAACAUCGGUGCCCGAGCGUUCGACGUCCUCCAGAUACGUUCGAUUCCUAAAAACCCUGACCAUGCAACAAUUACUGUAGAAGUUUUCAUUUGUGUUAUUGAAAGUUAAUUGUAUGUCAAGCCAUAAGAUAAUGGUUGGUUUACUCUACGUCAAACCAACAACUAGGCUUAACACUUCCACAUCUUUAGACCAUUUAUUUUACUUUGGUUUAGUUACAGUUCCCUCAGUUGUAUGAUUUCAUUAUAGAUCCCGUCAUGUUUCCUCAUAAGAGUAGCUUAUUGAUGACAACUGUUCAAAUGCCUUUGAAAUGAAUUAUUGACCUUGGCCAGAACUGUAGGAGAAACACUUAAUGUAUGAAAUCAUAAAUUUACCAUCAGAAUAUUGUGUCCUGAGUCUGUAAAUCAGGUUGCACUCAAUACUUCCACUGAAAACUCAACAGAUUCAAGAUCUGUCAUAGAUACAAUCAUAGAAUUUAUAGCUCAGGUCUCCCAGACUCUGCCUUGCACACACUUUAAAGGCAGGGAUGAUAAUGCUGAAGCUACAAUAUCUCUCCCUGCUGAUUGUAAAACAAUCCACAUUUUAUACACACACACACAAUUACAAUUCAGCUCUUGUAUGUACAACGUCACACUUUGUAACCCUUAGAAUGUUUACGAAUCUUCAACUUUCUCCUAAAUCUGCAUGUGUGGUAAUGCACGGAGAGCGGAUGAAUUUAAACGUUUCCUGAAUGAACUUUAAACAUCCUAUUUUUGACUAGCUUGGCUGAAAUAAUGGGGUUCAUUUAAUGAGAGUUGAUCGUGAUUUACUAUUAUCAAAUCCAAAAGUCACAUUUGUGUCACACAGGAAUAAGGCCAUGUUGGGACACUUGUGAGCUUGUAGUGCACAAAAGAAGAAACAGAAACUAGAGCGCAUGCAACAAGCUGACUUGAGUAUGUGCUUCGUCAGCCAUGCAGCAUCUGCAGAAAUGCUGACACAAUGGCUUUCCUGGUCCCGACUGAGCGACAGAACCAGAGCUCAAACGAUGGUAGAAGACCGUCAUUGCCGCACAUAUUCCCUAAAUAACACACAAACAAUGGUGGUGGAAGGCGAUUGGUGUUUGAUGGAAAUCUGAAUAGAGGUCAGUUAAUAUGCUGCAUGGAAUGAUUAUCACGUAUAUACAUAAUAUAUUGGAAGUAUUCAUGUUUAUACUGUAAAUGGCUAGAAUGACAGGUAAUGCAAAUGUAAUGUAAAAAAAAUAGUGAACGCUGACUUUGAGUGUGAUGUAAGCUCACACAGACGAUAUGCUGUAAACCUACAGACCUUUUCAACCCAGUGCCUCUGUAUUGUCAUCUCCAUACAUGUCAAUCAAAUAUCUUUUUUUUGGGUCUAUUUUGUAAUAAUAACAUUGAAGCUGUCAUAAAAAUGGGCCACUAUAAUGAAGUCAAAACAACCAUAUCCAAUGCCAAGUAUAUAGUAGGGAUGGCUCGAUCUGAUACUCAGGAUUGGUAUCGGUCCGAUAUUGGUCAAAACUUUAGGAUUGAACAUCGAAAAAAACAACUAUAGCUCGACCGAUCUGAUACCUGAGUCCAGAUGCGACCUGCCGUAAACACUAUCGAGAAGAAGGUAUCGGAUUGAUCAGCAGGUACUUCAAGUUCAGUAUUUGCACCGGACAUGAAAAACUUGUAUUGAGCCAUCCAUAACUGUUUAUCUUGUUUAGUUUCAAUUCAGGAAUGUUAUUUGCAGUUUUGUUCCGUACGAUUGACAGUAUGGUAUGAAGCUAUACUGUAACUUCGAAUACAACAGGUUUUUGAGAGAAUGGUCGCAGUGAAAUUCAAAUUUAUGUUAAUAUUAUGUACAGUUUUCCACUUCCUACCAGUUCCCUGUUACUUUAGCUUCUGUUUUGCCUUUUGUGGUGAAAAUGAUUGAAGACUUAUCUCUGGCCCACUCACUCUGUUAACCUGCAAUUUAUAUAUUGUGAUACUGUCAGGAGCAUGCAGAUACAGGACUACGUCUGUUCCCAUGUUUGCUUUUGAAACAAAUGCAAAUAUAAUAUCCAACUUUGUACCAUGAACUCUGCUCUGUUUAAAAGAGUAACAAAGGCAUUGUAAAUACUGUGGAUACUGAGCAGUAGAGUAGGUUUUUCUUACCUUUAAUCUGUUUCAAGUAUAUUGCUGAUAUGAGAUGAAUGUAGUCGAUGAUUCCUGCAGGAAAUAAUACUGUGGACAAGGAUUUUGUGAAUUAUCAAAAAAACAAAACAAAACAAAAAAAAAACAAAGUUUAGGUUUUGGGUUUAAAAUCUCCUUGUUUAACUCAGUUGUGCGACAACAUUGUUUGUACACAUUUUUUUCCCUUUUUCCUUGGUCUUCUUUGAUAUUAGCUUUCUGUAAUAAUUAGAAGGAUUAUAGUCUUUUGUUGUUUCUUCUUGUAGUAAAGCUGCUGUACCUUUGAUUAUUCAUGGAAGUCUUAAUUAGCUACUAUAAUUACUAUUUUCUUCCGAAGCACGUGCUCCUUCUGUCCUCUCGUUUGGUCAGGCUGUCUUCUGAUAAGGGGCCUAUUUAACCAGACAGCUGGAAAACUUGUGUAGCUUACUUUACUAAUUCUGCUUUGUGAAUCCCAUUCUAAGUGCCAUUUUGAUUGGAUGGAUGUCACUAUUCGUUCUUCCACUUUGAACUAUUGUAUUUGCUAUAUUUUUGCCCUAGUGGCACAGUUGAUCCUUUUGUUGUAACUGCUGUCUUACUUUUCUGAAAAAGGGUGAUUAAACUUUGCAAGCAAA